AUGGUGUUGACCAGGACGGACAGCGAGGCAGGAGACGGGCGCGGGCUCGUGCUGCAGGUCAACGGCGACACGCUCAUUCACACCGCGAUGACCGCUGGCUCGCAGAGCACGCAGCGUCCGCUGGCGCUGGACCUGCUGUGGAGCAUCAUCUCGCACGCGCGGCAGGAGGACGCCGCGAAGUGGACCGUGCAGAAGGUCGCGAUCGUGGCGCUCACGCGCGGCGUGUUCAUCGGACGUCUCUUUUUCGGCUCUGAAGACGGCAGCACGUGGGACGUGGACUGCCGCGCCAGCGACGGCUGCUGGCUUGCGCUCAAGUCUGGCUGCCCGCUCUACGUCUCAAAGGUCGUGUGGGAGGAGGCGGCGAUGUACGUGGGCGACCUCUCCUCGCUCCCGCCGGGCACCGUGCAGCAGAUCAACUCCCCCGAGCCCCAGCCGCAGCCCGCGCAGAGCAUCCGCCGCACCCCAGAGGAACAAGACGCGCGCAUGCCCGCAGCUUCGAAGAUCCUUGGCAACGUGUCGCAGCUCAUGGCGGAGAUGCCCCCGAACGCCAACGUGCUGACGACCAUCACCGUGGAGGACCACCCGACCGUGCGGCUCCUGAAGCGGCAGGUCGAGGUUGCGAUCGCCGAGGAGGACUACGAGCGCGCGGCGAGCCUGCGCGACCACCCGAUCCUGGCCACGUACGCCAGUAUGAUGGAGGCCAGGGCCGACGGGGCGGUGUCGCGCGCCAGGGAGCUGGAGGAGAAGAUGCUGCAGGAAAUCGCGCAGCACGAGAACGGGGCGGACACCGAUCUCUGA